AGGACACACAAUAUAGCGCGUGAUUACAAAUCCCUUUGGAAAUGAUGUCAAGGUAAUAUGUUCAGGGCGAUUACUAUCCCCCAACGGCAAUCACACGCAGGAUACAUCUGACUUCAAAUCAAAAAUCGAGAUGUAUUAUUUUUUUUCUUCCUACAGCGAGAGAGAGAGGCUCAGAUAGUCAACUAAGCCUCGGGCUGUGUGGGUGAUUUAUGCACGCGAUAUCGUGAACUUCGGUGCGAGAGCUCGUGAACUGAACAAACUUUUCCCCCUUAUGGAAUCACCGAGUUAGUGUGCGUGGAAUGACUAAUGAAUUGCGAGGGUAGACUUUGGCAACAGAGAUACCUGUCCAGCUGGACAUCGCCGGCUAGUGAUCGAGUGCUUCACCGUCAUUGCCACUCGAGACUUACAUCUGAGCAACACACCGUUAUUUUCUGCUCGGCUACAGGUGAGUGUUGGUGCUCAUCUACACGACUUGAUGCAAGAACCAUCCGCCUAAAGAUGACAUUAUCCCAUUCGAGGUUCUGUCAAGAUCGGAGAAGUUGGUGAAAUCUCUAGUUCACUGUGACUUUUCCAGCUUUAUCGGACACCGAUCUGACUUCAGAAUCGCCAUUGUUACCAAGAGACAAUAAAGAACUCCAAGAAUAGAGCGGGCGUUGCUAUUUUUAAACGCGACCGAGCAUCUAUUCAAAUACGGGACUUUGAAUAGUUGCAGUAUGAUUAGCAGAUCACGCCAGUCACUGGCGAACAUCGCUCCGCCAUCGUCACUGAUGAGCGGCCUAGGUCAUCGGCAGGGUUCGCAAGGCGAUAUCAGCCGAGCGCUCUUCGCUAAAGUCAAAGGAGUGAACAGUAACACGCGGAGGGGAUCAGCCAUGGCUGUCAUGCAACGGGCUGACGAAACUGCCAUCAAAUCACAACAGGUGCUGGGGUUACGAAACGAUGAUUGGAACAGUGUACAGAAGAAGGUGCUGUCCAUUUUCAGAGGCGGGAAACUAGCUCCGGGGGAAUUGGACGAUCUUAACGAGCAAGUCAGGGCCGCUUUGAAAUCAGAAAUCGGUGAAUUUAUAACAGAUUACUACAAGAAAAACCUACUUCGACGAGGAAUGGAUCUGAUGUACGGUUCUAUCAAUACGGAUGACGGUCCGCAACUUCUGUCAAGCCUUGCCAAACAGUGGACCAAAUUCUUCUGUGAAAUCCUUCCAACGUUACGAGCAAUAUUCUGCCCUGUUCAGACAAAAGGCCUGACAAUACUACAGUUAAGCCUGUUGGGGUUUCGAGACCACAUUGUCUUAAAACUGCACACUCUAAAAGAUGCCCUGUCAGCUGACAGAUCAGCUGUUCCCAACGAGAUAGUUCAGAUGUUACUUCAUCUGCAGAGUGUGCGUGAGAGUGGCUAUCCAUCCGAGGAGCAUCUUCAUAUUGAGUCACUGGUUGCUAAGGUAGUCUGUCCUUACUUAGGAACCAAGGGGUUGUAUCUAGGAGGUGACGAACCAGUAGUAGCAGCCAAGAUACAACAGCCAAUGGUGCACGACUCCGUACGGAGGAGACAAGAAAACGGCAGAGCACAUCGCACCAGACCAACCAGCCUUCAGUUUACCGAACCACCGUCCUCUCGUUCAACCAGUGACAUUCUGUCUUCACCCAUCCGUGACACACCCACCAUGUCCCCUCGGGAACAUUCGGCAAGUCUCGGUGCUCUCCGGAGAUCACCGAACUCCCGCCGAAGGGGCAGUCACCAAUUGUCGUCAUUAGAGACGCUGUUGGAAGAUGAGAAGAAACGAAGUUACGAAAUGACGGAUCACGAGUGCUGAUAUCUUAAGGAUUACCGUAUUAUUCUGUGCACAUUCCAUAUGGCAUUAGGCCUGUAACAUUUAAUUCGUAACAGGUUGCCGCAAGUUUAUUGUUGUUUACUAGCUUGUUGAAUUUGGCAGAUGACGUCAAAUGGUUACGUCAUUAUACAAGAUGUAAAAACUGAUUUUGCGUUACCAUUUUUUCGUUAUGCACAUGAAUUAAUCAUCAUCUCACAAUAAGAUUGACUAUCAAAUAUUUGUCAACUCACCGCACUUAUUUCUUAUUUUGAAGAUGUUUUGUUUGAGAAAGUGUCUUUGCCCAUCUUGUUUUUCGUUAUCACUGUUUAUGGUUGAGCAUUAUUCGCCCCACAGGAAGUUCCCUACGAUUGUAUGCUUCUUAUGAGCAAAAACUUAGUCUCAUAUUUAUGAGAGUAAAAGCAUCAUGGAAGUCAACCUGAAUCGUAAUCGGACAAUGCAUGUUUCAGUGCACACAAGCAUUAUGAUUCCUUGAGUGAUAACAGGCCUUUUACUCGCCCCCCCCCCCCAAAAAAGAAACACCAACAUAAUUUGCACUGAAUAUUAUUAUAGGCCUAUAUGCCUAUUAAACCAUACGACUUUAUACUUCCAGUUCAAUAUAUAAUUAUUUGCAAUAUUCUAAAACAUAUAGCGCUCUCCUCUGCCCUUCGAGAGAAAACUCUAUGCAAAUAACUACCAAAAUUCAACAGUUAUGUAAUCACUAGCUUGCUAGCAUUCAUGUUCAUCCAUGACGUAGCGAGAGGUUUUUCAUGGGGGAGGUUGGGGGUUUGCCAUUGUUUUCUAAAAUGUGUGACUACCCCUCCCUUCUUCCCCCUCCCCCUAUUUUUUUUUGGGGGGGGGGGGUGUGAACUCCCAAAUACCCCCCCCCCGUCACUAUGCCAGUGAUGUUUAUGUUGCUUUACUGUUUCGGAUGUUGUAUGAAAAGAAAGGAAAUUUACUGUAUAAAGCUUGCUCGUUCAAAUUGUUGUUUAUGAACAAGAAUUGAAUAAAUUAUUUAUGUACAUUUUGUGAAAAUAAUGAA